AUGAAUAGUAAAUUAAAAGAUGGCUCCAGGCUUCAGAAGAGACCUACACUGGACAGAAUGUUCGCUUCGACGUCACAAAGAAAUGAUGAUGGUUUGCGGGCGUCUUACAAUAUCUCGUUACUUAUAGCAAAAUCCGGAAAACCGCAUACUAUCGGAGAGAAGUUAAUUUUUCCAGCCGUUGAAGAGGUUUUAAAAACUGUUUUACACAAACCUGCAUCUGCUUUCAUCAAAAGAAUUCCCUUAAGCAACAAUACUGUUGAAGGACGUAUUGAUGAAAUGAGUUCUGAUAUUGAAAGCUUCUUAUGUAAUUAUUUGCAAACGACCCAUUUCUCUAUACAACUGGACGAGUCAACUUUACCUGAUAAUGCAGCAUUAUUAUUGGCAUAUUUUCGUUUUAUUAUGAAUCAAGAAAUCUACGAAGAACUGCUCUUCGCAAGAACUUUGAUAACCGACACGAAAGUGUUUCUUGCCAGAGUUAAACUAAUGAAGCAAAAUAUUGGACGGGACGAAUUUUCUCAGUUCCCCAAUUUGUCACAGACAAGCUGCCAGGAAGACGACGUUUCAACUUACGUUCAACAUUUAAAUGCCCUCUAUUCAGAUUUUGAAUCUAGGUUUGAGGAUAUUUUGACAAUGGUAAUACCACCGUGGAUAAUUAAUCCAUAUGGCGACAUAGAAGAAACGAAUGUCAUAAUACUAGAGGAACUGACUGAACUAAGUACAAACGAAGAACUUAAGGUUCAGUUUAAAAACGGAUAUCAGCAAUUCUGGCUGCAAAACAACAUACCCGUUACUUAUCCCGUAUUAUGGAAUAUAGCGAGGACAUUUUUAAUUUCCUUUCCAUCGUCAUACCUAGUGGAAAGGGGAUUCAGCGCUGUUACCAAUCUCCUAACGAAAAAAAGAAACAGACUGGACAUCAUUAGCCGAGGAGAUUUAAGAUUAACCCUUACAAAAUUGACGCCAAAUGUUGAUAAUUUAUUACUAAAGCAUCAGGUUCAUCCUUCUCACUAA